AUGGGUCUCGAAAUUUUGGAGAUCGACGGGUCCACGCCCCACCCUGGCGUUGUGAUUGACGGUUCUGUUGCGUGCCGGGAGACGAAUGGUGGUUGGGUGACGCUGCGGUCCAAAUCCCCCCUUUGUGGGAAUCAGCGACAGUGGGCGAUGAAGGUUAUUGACCAGGGUGAAGGCACCGACGGUUCAGGGCUCAUGAUGGGCCUGCUUCCAAGUCUGAGUUUGCAGCAGGAGGCUUCCAUGGGCAACAAAUACAUUUCUGAGCUGGGUGGAUGGUGUCUUUCACGAGCUGGUGAUUCGUAUGGGUCUUGGAAAUGCGAUAAAAUGCCGUUUUCUACUGGAUGCGUUGUAGAAUUUGAUUGGGACGGUGUAAGUCGAACUCUCUACAUGGUAAGCGGCAAGAGAAAGGCCAUUGGUCAUAUACCAAACGUCUCAGAGACAGACGUUCUAUUUCCUGCAUUUUCCAUGUAUUAUUUGAACCAGAAGUUGUCAUUUGUGUGA